AUGCAUGGCGAGGACGCGCCUGAAAUUGUGCGAAGAACCACGCCGACAUUCAUCCCGUGAAAGGAGCAAACGACGAUCUCGAGAUCUCCGUCGCUUCCCGGUAGGACGCCAACGAAAGAGGAGGAGGAGGAGGAGGAGGAUUUGGAACGAUCAUCCUCUGCGACGCGCUCGAACGACUCGACCAAGUUUCAUCCGUAUCAAUCCGAGCAAUAACACAGACCAGCGCCGAGGAAUACUCCACCGUUACGGCGGACACUUAUCAGCGGAUAGUCAAAAUAUUUUUAUAAGAUUGGAGAGUUACCAAAUCCUCAAGUGGAUAUUGUAUGCUGUUUUGUUGUGCCGCAUACGCGAGAAGAAGUGCUUCAGAAUAGAAUCAGUUCAGUGCCAUGUACAGAAAGCCAAAAGUUUGUUGAGAUUGGUGCCGCAAGUGAUAUGAGGCGUAUCGAAGAUA